AAAAGUUCCGGAGAGUUUCGGAUAGCAGGAACUCUCUGUUGGGUGGGAGGGGUCGGAUGUUUUAACCUGUCUGCCUGAUCGUAAUCCUUUCAUCAGAUGAUCUAGAGUUCACGGGUUGAAGGAUCAGCAAACAUUUCUUCCAUUCCUGCUGCAAGAACAACCAUGUCAAACAACAUCUACUACGGUAAUGGCUCGAGUGACAACUGCACCAAUGUGGACAGUCUUCUGAAGCGCUACUACCUGCCCGUCAUGUACAGCAUCAUGUUUGUCAUUGGCGUAGUUGGUAAUCUGACUGCUCUGUUGGUCUACGUGGUCAAAGUACGUCCCUGGAAAAGCAGUACCAUAAUCAUGGUGAACCUCGUCAUCACUGACCUACUCUUCAUGAUAAGCAUGCCCUUCCUGACUUACUACUACGCCCUUGACGACUCGUGGAUGCUUGGCAUCUUCAUGUGUCGCUUUACUCGCUUCAUCUUCCAUUUCAACCUCUAUGGAAGCAUCCUGUUCCUCACUUGCCUGGCCAUCUUCCGUUAUGUGGCCAUCGUGCAUCCAUUGCAUUCGGGCAAAAUGAAGAAAAAGCGUUGGGGUGUGCUGGCCUGUGUGUUGGUAUGGGGUGUGGCGGUGGCCGAGAUUAGUCCGAUUUUUAACUUUUUCGACAUGGUGGUGCAGGACAAUAAGACCUACUGCCUGGACCUCGCGAGCAACAGGACAGAAGUGUUCUGGUGGUAUAGCUGGAUGUUGACCGCACUAGGGUUUCUACUUCCCCUAAUCGUGGUCUGCUUCUGUUACUGGCGCAUCAUGAAAGUGUUAGCCAAGGGUCCUCACACGGGAAAUAGGAGACGCGUACAGGCAAGGAGACUUAUUGUGUUGAUUUUGACGUUCUUCGUAGUGUGCUUCCUCCCCUUUCACGUGCUACGAGCGUUGAGAAUAUACACAAGGAUCACGCCGGAUGUCGACUGCAUGUUAGACCGCUGGGUGCACGCUGCCUAUGUGAUAUCGAGACCCAUCGUCGUCCUUAACAUCAUUUUGAACCUGCCGCUUUACACACUGUCAGGCGAUGGCUUUAAGCAGGCCUUCGUGGAUCUCUUCAGAUGUAAACAACUCAUGGCGAGGACUAAAAGGAUCAUAAAUGUGUCUGUAAUCGGCAAGUCAACGCCCAAUAUGUAAAUAAGAUCGGAGCGACUUUGUUUGGAAAAUAAUUUAUUAAAUAUAUUGUUCUCACUUUAUUCUGUGUGAAAUGCUGAGAAACGCACAUGUGUCAAUACAGCUGUUAAUGCAGGAAGGUGAUAUGCUGCUUGGCAACUGAUUGACUGUCCUACUUUUUUACAGUUAUUAUGAUUCGUUAAUGUUAACUUCUUAACAUUGGUGUCUUUUGUUAGAUUGAUGUUGAUGCCAUUUUGUCGUUUUUUACAACAUCCUUUGCACGUGACAAAAUCCCUGUAAUGCACUGCCUCUUGUUACUUGUUGCUUUAAUAUAUCGAAA